AUGAAAAAUAUCAACGACAGCGAUGUGCAGCGCAAGCCAACCAAGAGAGAAGGGAAGGAUAUUAGGGGCCACGCCAUCAUGCCCACACCCUCGUACCAGAAGCCGGUUUCUUUGUUCGCGACAAUAAAUGACUCGAAGGGUGAAGUAAAUCCAAAAAGUGCAAAGUCAUCGGUGUUGGAAGUAGACCAAGGGCAACCCCAUCUGGUAUAUGUCGAGCGCCUAAAACGCCAGCUGUGA